CCGCCUUCGCUGUUCAGUGUCAUGGCGACCAACGUCGGCCAAAUUUUGCAGAUUGAAAACAUAAAUAAAACAAAAGAAUUUGAAGACGAAGAAUGAUGAGUGACAAACAACAAAAUGGAGGUGUUUCUCAGUCUUUGGGAAAUACGGUGCCUGUGAACCAAGUUGCUGAUGUAAUGGAAACCCACGAACAAACACACGGACACCACCAGACGGUUGGAGCCAUGGAAUGUAGUGGGAAAACACAGCCAGAUGAGGAAGGAGGCUCAGCCACUGCUAAUGCUGAGUUGGUUGUCACUGAAGGUAGUGAGGCACCUCGCAAGAAAAGCAAAAAGCAUAAGAAACAUAAAGGCAAAAAGAAAAAGAAGAAACGCAAGGAGGAGAAAGAAAGCAGCUCAGAAUCAGGUGUAGAGUCUGAUCAAGAAACACAAAGUCAGAUAAGAACAAUGGUUCUCCUCACCAGAGAGGCUGAAAGACAAGCAGAAGUUGAUAAUGUCUUUGAUCAUACAAGAAGACUGCUCACAGCUGCUCCUGCAGAAGAGGAAGAAGGAAAAACCAAAAAGCACAAACGAAACUUAUCCAAGAAGAAGAAGAAGAAGAGGAGGAAAGGAGAAAAGAAGUCUCCCACCUAUUCCAGAUCAGGGACUACUUCUGUUUCUGGGACAGAAUCUGAAUCUGAGUCAAGACCUCCUCCAAAAAUUCUGUCCACAUCACUGCCCUUUAAUAUUAAUAAAGAGCUGGCCUCUCCUGUGACUACUCUUGCAACCUUAGACAAGCAUCAGGAUGAAACGUUACAUUUGAUUUCUUCGGACAAGUUUGAGCAUUCUGUCAUAAAUACCAUAGACAAGGCUGAGAUCUGUGAAACUCCCAUGACAAUCAUGACUGUUUCUGAUGAGAGGAAAUCACCCAUGACAUCUUUGGACAGGCCUGCUAAUGGGGAAUCUUCCAUAACAACAUUAGACAACUGUGAUGAAGUGGAACUUCCCAGUACAACUUUGGACAAACCUGAGGAAAGGAACUCUGUCAUGACAAACUUGAAUAAGAUUGACAGGGCAGAGUUUCCUAUAAUGUUUUCCACCACAAGCCUGCAGAUACAUCAGCAGAAGCAGUCCUUCAGCACGACAUUAGACAACCAUAAGGAAGCUAAUAUGCCCUUUGCUACACCUGACAAGUGCCAAGAGGGGACAUCGACUGAAGGUUUGAUUAAAGACAAACAGAGAAGUGAAAGCAUCAGCCUUGACACAGUGUGUGAUCCUAUGUGUGUGGAAAACCAAGACCAGACUGGAAAACCUAAUUUUCAGUCUGGCCAAUCUCAUCCUGAGAAUUCUUUGCACACCAGUGACAAGAAAGAGGACUCUCCCACCAUUGAGGAUGUUGUAGGUUUAGAGAACAGUGAUAAUCAAGUUAGUUUUUGUAAGACUCAGGAUUUGCCUGAUAUAAUUCCUAAGGUCGAGGAUGCACAGAGUGAGACUACACAAGAACCUACUAAAACAGACUCUAGUAUCUCAAAGGAAAAGAUUGAGGACAAAAGAGAGAAUGGUAAAAAAAAUCGGGGAAGUAGCUCCAAAUCACGGUCUAGGUCACAGUCUGUUUCUGGAUUAGGCAAAGCAUUACCACAGCAAACACCCUUUGAAAAAAACCGCAGUGUCUCCAGGAGCCCAAAACGAAUUUCUGGUAAGUCCAGUUUACAAAAAGAUGGCUCAUCAUCCAGGAGAAGGUCUAGGUCCAGGAGAAGGUCUAGGUCUAAGAGAAGGUCUAGAUCUGCCUCACAGAGAAAGAACAGCCCAAGAAAGCACUCCAGGUCUCAUUCAAGGAGACAUAAGUCCAGAUCACGAUCCUUAAGGAGGUCCCACCAAAAAUCCAGGUCCUAUACUCCCAAGAGGUUGCGAGGGUCAGAGUCCCAUUUACCCAGAAGAAGUAGAAGGACAAAGUCAAGAUCUCCUCGACACAGUUACCGUACAAGGACUCCGUCAGUUGUACGGGUUCGCCGAUCACGAUCUCGGUAUAGGCGGAAGCAGUCACGGUCCAGAUCCAAGAGAUCUCAAUCUUAUCGAGCCAGUCGAAGGUCACGGUCCACAAAGAGGGGAAGAGGUUCCAGAUCACACUCAAACUCACAUUAUAAGCGAUCUGUGUCUCGUUCCAGAAGAUCACGUUCUAGGUCUAACAGACGGAUCAGGAGAACUCGUUCAAGGUCCAUAGUGAUCCUGAGAAGAUCAAGGUCUCUUAUUCGGAGAUACAAACGGUCAAGAUCAAGGUCCCCGAGACGGCACUUGUCAAAAUCUCGAUCACCGCAGCAAUCCAGGCAUUCUAGGUCUAGAACACAGUCAAGACAGAAAAGGUCAAACUCUAGAUCAAUUCUGCGCAACAAACAGUCAAAGUCAAGAUCUAAAUCUAAGUCUAAAUUUCCUGGAGGUGAUAGGAGGUCAAAAUCACCCAUAAAAAGAAAGUUUUCUCCAGUCAAAAACAGAUCAAAGUCUAGGUCCAUUUCCAGGAACAAAGAGUUGUCUAAAAUGGGCCCAUCUGUAGCUGAAGGGCAGCCCAGUAAAGAAACAUUGUCUCUAGUAGAAACCCAGCAUUCUGAGGAGCUACCUAAGAUAGAAAAUCAAGCAAAAGAAAUUGUUCAUGAUACCAGUAGUAUACAAAGUUCUCCUUUUCUGAAAACAGUAGGAGAGGUGAAGGAAAGAGAAACUGCUUUUAUUUCUGAUAACCCUGAGGCACAUAAUCCUGUUGUAUCUGUGCAAGAUAGUGUAGACCGUCCAGAGGUGACUGAGGUGACAGUUGGACAUUGGAAACCAGUGCCUUUCAUAGAAAACAGUAGUCCAACUCUUGAUCCUGCUCCUUUCACAAAAAUCAUAAGCUGCACUCCUUUCAAUAAAAAAGCUUUCAUCGGGGUCCCAUCUGAUUGUGUAGCGUCACUAGAUAAAACUGAUAUUACAAAUGAGAUGCUUUCAACUGAGCAGGCUGAGUUUAGGUCAUCAUGCCCUGACAAUUUGUUAGAACAGUCAUCUGAGAUGCAUAACUCUAUCAUCUCUGACACACAGACAUGUGGUUUUCAAGAUGGAAAUCAAAUUACCACCUCUAGAUCCAGAUCUAUUUCACCUAAUUCUGAUCAGUUGUCUGAACCUUUAACAUUGUUACCUAACAGCUCUGUGACGGAACAAUUAAAUAUUCCUGUAUCUGCAAACGGUAAGCCUGAAAGCGGUACAGAAUCUCCACUUGAGGACAGAAGUUCAUGUCCUAGGUCCCUGCCUGACUGCAGUACAGAAAUUAAAACGGAACUGAAUUCUUCAGAAUCACCAUUGCCUGAGUCUUCUACAGAAAAAGAGCUACAAAUCAAAUCACCUAUAAAGAGCAAGAAAGAAUCGCCAUUUCCUAAAAGGAAGGGAGACUCAAAGUCUAGAUCAAAUUCAGAAAUUAAAAAGUCAAAGUCAAGAUCGCCCAUUUGUCGAAAGCAUUCAAGGUCUAGCUCAUCUUCUAUAAGAUGUUCAAGUACACGGAGGAGAAAGUCAAAGUCUAAAUCACCUGUAAGGAAAAGAAAGUCCAGAUCUCCAUCUCACAAUCGGAAGUCUCCCACAAGGAGGAGGCGAUCAAGAUCUUUAACCAAAAAGAGAAAAUCAAGAUCAGAUUCUAGAACAAAAACUACAAAAAGAAGACAUACAAAGUCCAGGUCACCAGUCAGAAGGAAUCGUUCCAAGUCACGUUCAACAAGAAGAACAAGGCGUUCAAAAUCACGAUCAGCAACAAGGAAGAAGAAAUCAAAGUCUAUAGAAAAAAGCAAGCAUUCCAAAUCCCGAUCCCCUGGUGGUAGGAGAAGGUCAAGAUCACAUUCAGUGAAACGGAAUCGUGGUUCAAGGUCAAGGAGAUCACCGUCUAUCUCUCGUCGACGAAGACGCCGCUUUCGCAGUCGCUCCUUUGAUAGACGAGACCGCUGGAAACGCGAGCCAAGCCACUCCCCUAUCCUUAUCCUCCGCAAGAAAAGGUCCACCUCCCGUUCUCGUUGUAGUUCCAGCAAAACCCCUCCACGGUUGACAGAGUUGGACAAGGACCAGCUACUGGAGAUUGCUAAAGCAAAUGCUGCUGCCAUGUGCGCCAAGGCCGGGAUGCCGAUUCCUGAAAGCCUGAAACCCAAGGCGAUCCAGCAGCUGCCCUUGCCGACCCCUGUCCCAUCACCCCUUAACUUGCCUCUGCCUCUGCCUGUGAACCUGCCUAUGGCAAUGCCCAACAUCAGCAUGAAUGCAGCUAUGGCAACUAUGACCGCUGCUACCAUGACAGCUGCCCUAAGCAACAUGGGUGCCCUGGCAACAAUGCCUGCUUUGCCAACCAUCACCAACAAGCCCCCACCAGUGGUUGUGCCCAAUACUGCUAGUAUUGAGGAGGUCAAGAGGAAGGUGGCCCAGAAAGCCAACAGUAUAACCAUAAAGGAGCUUACAGAGAAGUGUAAGCAGAUUGCUGAGAGCAAGGAGGAGAUGGCCAUUGCUCAGCCCCAUGUCUCUGACGAUGAAGAUGACAAGAGGACUUUUGGAGGAAGGGUGCUCAAGUAGAGCAAGGGCACAUCUUUCAGCUUUGAUUAAGCCCUCACCACUUACCACUGACCCCCUCCUUUGAUAACUGCACCUGAUCCUCCAGCCAACAUUUUUGCAUAGGCUGCACUUUUAAGACAGCGUUCCUAUUGGGUGUCAUAAGAUCAUUUCACCACAAGGAGGCAGCCUGUGACUAUUUGGAGCAGGUGACAAUGCACAAAAUCUGAAGAGUAAAAUAGCAGUUGCAGUGACUGAGACAAAUAGUUUCUCUGAAGACAGAUAGGACGUAGACAGCAUUUUAUCUGACAGACCCCUGCUGGUGCAGAUUGUUUUGUGCCCUGGUAAAUUUUCAUAUUACACAACUAUCUGGUUACACACUAAAAAAAGUUAUGUGCAUUCUUAGGCUUCUCCUCUUGCCCUGAUAUUCCAAGAGAAAAAUGGCAAAUGGAAAGACAGGUCUCACAUUUGGAGCUGUAGAAUAGUGUGUUGUGUAUGUCAGAGCAAAAGCUUAUGGGGCACAUGAUUUCUUCCAGUUUCAACUGUGUUGGCUAUUGAUUGUCAUCAGUUAAUAAGCUAUAUGGAUUUGAGAACCCUGAGUUUGUACAGUCCAAGAUGACUUACAAUAAAAGGAAGUAAAGGAAAAGGGAAAAGAAAUCAUGUUUAUGUGAAGAUGUGAAACUAUGGCCCUUUCUCUUUGUUUUUUUCUAUUUCUGCUUUCAUUUUGCUGUGAACUUUUGAACCAUUUUUUAACAAUUAACUGCUGGUAAUGUGGCUUGGGUGACUUAUUGUAACAUCCUUGGUUCAUGAAACCUUUUAAGUAUUAAAAGUUUUGUUUAAGUACGUGUUACACUGGAAGUUUUAACUCUGUUUGAAAGCUUCAGGUGUUUCAAAAGUAAUUUGUAAAGAAGAAAUGACUUCAUACUUCCACAUCUGUAAAAGAUGCAGGAAGACAACAAAUGGUAAAAUACUGUAUUUUAUUAAGUGUAGGUGCUCAUCUGUGUAAAUUCUGUGUAUCUUCACAUGCAUUGUUUUUUUCACUUGCUCUAUUUUCUUCUGGAUCUUUACUCAGUGGUUAAGUCAAAGUGACACGUUUAUUAGAAAGGGUGAAGAACACAGGGUUUUACGGCUGUACAGCCUUCAGGGCUUCAGCUCCUUGGUAGGACUUAUAGCUAAAGGAAGUGAUCCAGUGAAGAUAAAACCAUGGUUUUCAAAACCAGCAGGUACUGGCAGUCGAUCUCAUGUUCUUCUGGCUUCAAAAUGAUAGUAAAUGCUUUCUGCACUAAAGUUGGUUCAUUGUAAUCCUUGGAAUUGACAUGUUAUCACCAUGUUUGUCACCUUCCUUGUGCGCGCGCCCACACACACACACACACACACACACACAAAGAAAUGUACAUGAACACAUCCUUACAUGUAGCUCAGGUGGUAUAAUUUUCUACAUCAGGGUUGUACAUUCAGUAUUGAUCUUGAAAUAUCACUUGACUAAAAUAAAUGUAAUUUUAAGUGGUUUUACGUGUUAGGUUAAAAAUGAGAUGAAUAACUUGAUAUUGCUGAUUUUAUGGCUGUGCUUUGGGCAAUUCUGCUGCUGAUCACAGCUCGAUUGUGCCCAGUACUGGGAACUGCUUUGUUCUCAUCACGUGGUAAACAAGUGUUAAAUUACUAAAUCAACCAUGUCUGUUAUGAAGAAAAGUCUGAAUGUAUGCUAGCUUAGUAAGGGGAAACAGCUAAAUAUCUGAUGAAAACCUGCUUUGUGUUAACUGGAGAUCCUGAUUAGAGGUUCUUCACAUCAGUGUCCAUUGUGAUGUCUAGUUGUUUUGUGAGCGUCACACCAAAAGUAAUUGGAAUAUUGUAAUGACCAAAUGCUGGACAGUGCACCAGGCACCGUAAAGGCUGAAGAGGACAAGUCGUUUUGACAUCAUGCAGCGAGUUUCUUCUGAAGGAAAUAUCUGCUGCCCAUUCUCUCGUGCCGUGUUGAUGUGUUGUCUUUUGAGAUUUACAGAUUUUUCUUUGUUGCUCCCAGUAGAGGCAGUGUGUGAGCAACCAUUGCUGAGCUCAGCAGUCAUUUCUGUGUCUUCAAAGUGCUUUGGCAUGGACUGACACUGCUUAGUGCUUGUGCAGGCAUGGCACCUCCACGUGCACCCUGAAGUCGUUUGUCAAUUUCGGGCGCUUGUCAGAUUUUUUGUGCACAGAAAAGUGAACGCAUGGGCUGAAGCAGCUGAUGCCAUCUUUUGUUCGGGUUGAGGCUAUAGAUGGAAAAACUGGUAACAAUACGACACAUCUCAGUAUCGUUUGGCAUUUCUUGGUCAUUCCACUGUGCUCUUUACUUUUGGUGCAACACUUGUGCAACUGUGAUGUAGUGUGAUUCCCACCUUCCAGUAUAGUCCCACCUUUCAGAUGUAAACACAUUUGAUGCUUUUUUAUAUACUCUUCAGUGUCAUUUUAUUUUUUCUUUUUUGGAGUACAUUUCAUUUGCUUUGUACAUAACGCAGUGUGGUUUAUUAAUAAAGAUAUAG